AUGGACUCACCCGGGUCACAGGGUGUUCCGCGUUUCUCCAGUUUCCGACCUCCUCCUCCCCCUCCAGCCGCCGCGACCGGCUCGGAACGUGAAGAUGGCAAUCGCUCAGGCCAUCGCCAGCGCGCAGACCACCAGUCAACGCACAGCAAUCGGCGCCGCCGCCGUAGCAGAGACCGCCGUCGUCAUGUGGCGAGAUUCGAAGAGCAUGGGGCGCGCGAGCGCAAUGAACAGACUCAAUUAGGAGGCAAGACGAACGAAUCCCACGCGGAAUUUGUCAUCGACGUUAAAGGUGAUCGCGACAAUACGCGUUACGGCACGAAUCAAUACGAGGUCCCUGCGUACCGCCGUAAUGGCAGCGGGCUCGUCAUCGGUGCCCCUGGCGAGCGCAUCAGUCUUGAAUCUCGAUUUGAAAACGCACUUGUACUUCAAGACGACGCCGGCCGCUCGGCACCGAAGCCCCUCUCUUCUACAACACUUCCCGCUUUGACUAUGGCUGCCUUUGUUCACAUUCGUCCCGACGCUCCACACAGCACGCCCAACACACGUGCUAGCGAGCACUUGCAGGAUUUCAUCUCAACAGAAGCCCCAUUUGAACCUGGCCUUCCAGUAACUGUGUCUAACCUGGAUGAUGAUGAGCCAUCGUAUCGCUCCAUUCAGACCUUGAAGAAAAAACCUGAAGAAGAUACCACUACUGAAGAUUCCGAGGGAAACAAAAUCACUCUUGCUACGGUAGAGGCUGAAAUUCUCCAACAACAUGCCAAGUUGAACAGUGCAGUGGAGCUCCAUCCCGAAGAUAUCAGCGCAUGGCUAUGUCUGGCCGAGCACCAGGAACGUGUUAUUGCUGGCUCCAGAUAUGACGAUAGUGCUCUCAACCAUGCCGAACAGCAGCUUGUGGCAAAGGCUAAAUUGUCUGUUUAUGAGAGGGCGAUCAAGCAAAACCCUGGAAAUCCCAAGCUUGACCACCUCCUGCUUGGCCGUAUGGAGGAGGGUGCUAAAGUUUGGGACCCUGCAAAGCUCACCCACGAAUGGGGAGAAGUACUCGCUUGGCAUUCCGAGUUCAUCAGUUUGUGGGUCGAAUAUCUUGAUUAUUGUCAGACGAAUUAUGUGGAUUUCAACUUUGAUACGUGCUUUGAGACUUACAUAUAUUGCUUGAACCUCAAUUCACGCGUCGGCUUCGGGCAGCACAAGAAUCAAGUCAGGUCAUACUUAUUACUUCGUUUGACGCUAUUUCUUCGAGAAUCAGGGCACAUGGAGCUGGCCGUCGGCAUUUGGCAGGCUGUGCUCGAGUUCACGUGCUUCCGGCCCAAUCAUCUCACAGAUCCAAGACAGGCCCUGGAAGAGUUUGAGAAAUUCUGGACACCUGAAAAUGCGCAUAUCGGAGAGCUUGGGUGGACCGGCUGGAACAGCAGAGAGUCUUCUCUCCGCCGCACCUCUAAAAAUGACUGUGACUAUAAAUUCGAGGCUCGUCUCCCAGAAUUGUUCAAAUCAUGGGCUUUUGCAGAGAGGGAGCGAGCUACCAAAAGCCGAAUGCCAACCCACACCUUCGAUGAAACCAAGGAGGAUGAGGCAUAUCGAGUGGUCCUUCGGAUUGAUUGCAAGCAGGUACUCCCAUACUUUUGGGACUUCACCGAUGACUUCACUCCAUUGAUCAAUGCAUUCUUGUACUUCUGCCAUCUGCCUUCGUUGACGGCACCUCAUAACAUACGAAACACCAGACUGUGGAGUGGCGACAACUUUCUUCGGAACGAAUACAUGGACGAUUCGCAGAACACAAUCGCAGACUGGAUCAAUUUCCAACAAUAUGCCGAAACAACUACCAUUCAGCCCUUCACAUUUCCUCAUCAAAAUUUUAUCCAUACCACAGAGACACUUUUUGCUGACCCUCAACGUUGGUUCUCAUCGCUAUCAAAGUGGGCUGCGACCACCUCCCAUGGAUCCUCUGUAGUGGAUCCCGACUUUGUGUCACAUGUUCUUUUUGCUCUGGUUGAUAAAUUUCAGGACAAAGAGAUGGCCGAGUAUGCCAUUGCAGUUGCCUUCGCGCGUGACAACGAAACGGGAAAAAGGUACGGGAAGUUUGUGUUGAAAAAACGGCCAUCUCAUCUAAAGCUCUGGAAUGCGGUUGCGCUCAUGCAUUGGCGAACUGGUGAUCAUGAUUUUGCCCAUACUGUGUGGUCGAAUGCGUUGGCUAUGUCACAGAAUUUCGAGCCUGCUGAGCUUAUUGACUCUGCCUUGCUAUGGAACUCGUGGAUCUGGGAAUUACUUCAUUCUGGACACAAUAACCGAGCAGCCUACUUGUUGCAGGCGAUGUCUUACAAAAGAGUCCACAUGCUGUCAUACAGCACAGCUGAUGAUAGUGAGCUUAAUCCUACCAGCUUCCUCAGACUCCAGAAAUUCUUGUUCUCGGCCCAGCAAAGUGCUUUCACGCUCCACAACCCUCAGGCAUACGCAGCCUAUACGGAUUGCUACGCCAUCGCUCUGUACCUCAUGGGCGAGACACUUGAGUCGGUUCUUCAGGUCUACGACGAUGCGGUCAAUACUCUCAAUGAACUGCAGGAAGAUGUCAAAGUUUUUGCAGGUGAACUGAUACACCAAGCCCGUGCCAGGCUCAUUUAUCAGUGGGUGGAGACCAAGAUGGGGCAGUUCAAACCCGCAGAAAUUCGCAAACAGUUCCUCGAAAGCAUGCAAUGGUGGCCCAACAACACCAUCUUCUUGUCCUUGUUCAAAUGGAACGACGCUCGGCUGAACCUCGUGCAUCGAACCCGCGAUAUCUUGGAAGUGACCACCGGCAGAGACCCCAACUCUGCUAACGCACCUGCCGGAGUCCACCGGGUGCCCAUCACAACCCAUCUCUUCAGCAUCUACAUUGAGAUGGGGCGCCCGGUGAUUCUUGGAUCGACUACGCACUCGAUCCGAGCGGCGUUUGAGCGGGCAAUCGGUGAUGCCAGCAUCCUGAUGGGCAAGACUCCGGCCCGAAAGCACGCAUUUGAGCUGACUAGCUCGACGUCAGCCAAGAACAGCCUCACUUUGUGGAGGCUGUACAUCCUCUACGAGCUGUACGCCCAAUACAACAUCCCGCGCGCCCGUGAGAUCUUCCUCCGGGCAGUACGCUCUUGCCCAUGGUCGAAGGAGCUGUACAUGCUCGCGUUCGAGCACCUGCGCGCAGACUUGACUGCGGCGCUGCCCCGCUGCUGCGUCACCCCGAACGAUCUGCCCAACCCUCCAGGGUUCGACACCUCCGAGCUCCGGGCUUUAUAUUCUGAGAUGCUACGGCGUGGCCUACGGAUUCACCACCAUGUGGAAGACUUCUGGGAGCACGGUGAGGAGGCGGGUGAGAUGUCUUAA